AUGAUACCGCGACGACGGAACCUUCUAUUGGCAGCCGGUGUGUUGACUGCAGUGACGUGCUGUGGUUGGGCAGCUGCCGGUUUUGAUCCUGGACCUCCGAGAACAAAACCUUCAAAGCCGGUCAAGAAAGGCCGAGCAAAAGGGUUUGGAGCAGCGCCUGCAGCCGGCACGCGCCGUGUUUCAAGAGAGGAGCAACGAAGGCAACAACGGCUGGGCAAGGACCCAUCCAUGAACGAUGCCAGGAAAGUCCUCCUUAGCGAGACAGCCGAGCAAAGGUUUAGCCUCGGAGAAGCGGCCAUAGAUUUGGUGAUCCCAGCAUAUGUCCUCGAUAUCAGCAGAUUUACAAGAGAAGUUGAAGCUGGCGCCGGCACUGUUUCGGACAUCGUGUGGCCAGCAGAGCAAGUUCUUGCAGAAAUCCUCUUGCAGAGGAAAGAGCUUUGGCAAGGGCGCGGCCUGUGUGAGAUUGGAGCCGGACUUGGGCUAGCAGGCAUUGCUGCUGCCAAGCUUGGGGCACCCAAAGUGCUGAUCAGCGACAGGGAUUCGCUGGUUUUGGAGCUUUCGAAGCAGUCUGCCCAACGAAAUGGUGUUGCAGACAGGGUGACCACCGCAGCUUUCGAUUGGUCAGACAAAGAUAGCUGGCCACCACCCUUCGGUGGCAUGAUAGCUGCGGCAGACGUUCUGUAUGACAAGGAAGUCGUCGCUUGGCUCGUGGACCUGAUCAUUCACUUCGCCGGACCUGCUCUUCUUAUGGAGCCAGACAAUAUAGAAAGGCGCCAGCUUGGCUCCGUGUCGUACUUCGAGGAGAUAGCACGCUCCCGGGGCUUGGCUGUCAAGACGGAGAAGGCACUGCACAAAACACGACUGUUCCUCAGCUUCGCACUGCUCAUGCACGGCAUCGUGAGCUUCAACAUAGAGGUUGAAUAUGAAGCUGAUUGGACACAGGAGGAAGGUGACGGUGCUGCGGCCUUGCGCCCAGCUGAGACGGGCCGGGCCAUCUUCUGUGGCAGCAGCGAUGUUAGCACUGCGACUUCAAGUAGCGCUUGGCCUGAAGACCUACAGGAAAGACUCGAUGCUGAAGAGGAUGAGGUGCUCAUUCGUCAGAAGGAGCUGACAGGCCGGUCAGACAGGAGAAGUCGAAAGUGUGGCCACCAUCGCGAUCUCCCUGAAGAAGUCACAGGCCAAUCAGAUGCGGCGCAACCGCAAGUCCGGAUUCUGGUGCGGUCGGCCGUUGCGGAGCCCAAGCCUUGUGACGAAGGAAGGCCAGCCAAGAAGUCUGUACCCCGUCACCAGCAGGAGGAGGAUCCCUGGGUGUCAGGUUUGGAUCCAUGGGCUGCUGCCAAGCUACCACGUGGAACUCAGAAGGCGCAAGCGUCGGAACCAAGGCGAGCGUCUGCUCCCACUGGCAAAGGCCGGCGAGGCAAUGGUCGGAACUGA